AUGUCGACCCUCACCUCCGUCGACUCAAAGACAACCCUCUCGACGAUGGACAAGAAACUCGAGGAAGGCCACGGACACACUGUCCCCGUCAAUACGCUCGCGGCCAUUGCUGAAGACGGCGAGCUCGACGAAGGAGCCAAGAUCGUCGGCGAGGUCGCGCAACCUUUCACGCAGGAAGAGGACGACGCCGUCCGUCGCAAGCUCGACUUCCGCAUCCUCCCAAUCAUCGCAUUCGUCUACUUCUCGCAAUUCCUCGACAAGCUCGCGCCUUCUUACGCAUCCGUAAUGGGUCUGCCCAUCACUGGCGAAGGCUAUUCGCUCGUCAACUCGGCCUUCUACAUCGGUUUCUUUGUCGCCGAGAUCCCUCAAGGCAUUAUCUCACAACGCUUUCCCCUGGCCCGCUACCUCGGCUGCAACAUCGUCCUCUGGGCAACCGCACUCAUCCUUCACGCCGCUUCAGGCAAAUUCGCCCCCUUCUUCAUCUUCAGGAUCCUCCUUGGAGUUUUUGAAGCCUGCGUCGCCCCCAUUCUCAUCGCCCUCGUCGCCGCGUUCUACAGGAAGAGCGAACAGGCUCGUCGUAUCGGCGCAUACUACGCGAUGAACGGCGUGACCUAUAUCGUUGGAGGCGCGAUUGCAUACGGCGUCACUCGCUACCAGGGCGAUUCUAUCGCUCACUGGCGCAUCAUCUUCAUCCUCUUCGGCGGCCUCGCCUUCGUCGCCGGAACCGUCGUCCUUCUCUUCCUCCCCAGCUCGCCCGCAACAGCUCGCUUCCUCAGCGAGCGCGAGAAGGUCGUCGCGCUCGAGCGCAUCCGUUCCGGCCAGUCGGGCACGAUCUCGCACGUCUGGAAGAAGGCGCAAGGCUUCGAGGCGCUCAAGGACAUCAAGACGUGGCUGCUCUUCACGUGUAUGAUCGUUGUAUCCGUCCCGAAUGCUGCCAUCACCUCAUUCCAGUCGAUCCUCGUCAAGUCGUUCGGCUACACCUCGGCCGAGGCGCUCCUGAUGAACAUGCCCUGCGGCGCGAUGCAGAUCCUGACGACCCUCUCCGCGACGUACUGGGCCGACAAGCGCAAAGCUCGCAUGUUCCCCUUCAUCGCGACCCUGAUCCCUUCCAUCAUCGGCUUCGCCCUCCUCGUCUCCUUCUCCGGCUCAACGGCCCACAACAAGGCGCACAAGGGUCCUCUCCUCGCGGGCAUCAUCCUCUCCCAGACUUUCAUCACGUCCAUCGCGCUCCUCUAUUCCUGGUCGUCGUCCAACGUCGCUGGAUCGUCGAAGCGCUCUGUCGUCAACGCCCUCAUGCUCGUCGCCUUCAGCAUGGGCAACGUCGCCGGCACCCAAGCAUUCCAAGCGAAGGACGCACCCCGCUACCUCCCUGGCAAGACCGCCCUCCUCGUCCUUCUCUGCGCCCUAGUCCCCAUCGCCCUCAUCAUGCACUUCUACACCCGCCUGCUCAACUCGCGCAAAGAGCGAGCCGUGCGGGAGUUGGUCGAGGUGAACGGGUGGUCGGACGAGGACUUGCAGCGGGAGAAGGACCGAUGUGCGUUCCUGGACGCGACGGACUUGCAGAACCCGUUCUUUGUUUAUACGUGCUGA